AGACCAGUUUUCAGGCUGUGUUUGUGUGCGGCUGAACGUGUUCAGGGAAGCCCUCGUAGCCAGAAGGCGAAACUAAAGAAACUGUAUUUGGUUCGAAGAAAAGUCUGUUGUUUCAUGUAACGGAAAUGUUGGAUUGAUCUGAACACAUCUAACAGGACAAGAAGACGUUUACUGUGUUUUGGAUCACCACUGCAAGGAAAAGACCGUUCACCACAGUAGCAGCUCAUGCGUGGGAGGGCGAUACAGGCAGGUACAGCGUCUGAAAACGUCAUUAUUGUGGAGCAGCAAGGAACCACACGGCUGACUGAGCGCUGUGAAGCUUCAACAUCUGGACCAUGUUCUCCUCUGCUGUCCCGUACAAAAACCAGCAAUACGCUCAACUGAAGACCAACUUUAUCAACGACAAGACGCUAUUUGAGGACCCAGAGUUCCCAGCCACCAAUGCGUCGCUGUACUUUAAGAAACCCCCUCCUGGUAUUGUGACGUGGAAACGACCAGCGGAAAUAAGCAAUCAGCCCCAUCUGUUUGUGAAGGGCAUCAGCUCCCAUGACCUGAACCAGGGAGUUGUGGGAAACUGCUGGUUUGUUGCAGCCUGCUCCUGUCUGGCUUUGAAGCCAGACCUCUGGAAGAAGGUAAUUCCUGAUCACACGGCGCAGGAGUGGGAUCACAAACACCCGGAGAACUAUGCUGGAAUUUUCCACUUCCAGUUUUGGGUGUUUGGAGAGUGGGUGGAUGUGGUGGUGGACGACAGGCUGCCGACAAUCAACGGUGAACUCAUCUACUGUCACUCAAAAGACAACAACGAAUUCUGGAGUGCUCUGCUGGAGAAGGCCUACGCCAAGCUCUCUGGCUGCUACGAGUCUUUGGAGGGGGGAAACACCGGAGACGCUGUGGUGGAUUUCAGUGGCGCUGUGGCUGAAGCCAUCAACCUGGAGACAGAAGCUUACUAUAAGGACCAGAAAAAACAAGAGCAGCUGUUUGAGGAUCUGCUAAAGGUCUACGACCGUGGAGGAAUCAUAAGCUGCUCAAUUAAGGCAAGGCCUAAUGAGAUUGAACUCGAGAUGGCAAACGGGCUGGUGAAAGGCCAUGCAUACUCUGUAACUGCAGUGAAGAAAGUGCGCAUGGGUCACGGCCUGCUGGCCUACUUCAAAAACGAAACCAUUCCUCUGAUCCGCAUGAGGAACCCCUGGGGCAAGACUGAGUGGAAAGGAGCCUGGAGUGACAGCUCUGAGGAAUGGUCAAAGGUCGGUGAUAUGGAGAGGGCCAAUCUCGGCAUCACGGUAGAGGACGAUGGGGAGUUCUGGAUGGAAUUCACCGACUGGUGCAAGUUCUUUUCAGAUGCAGACCUUUGCCGUCUCAUCAAUACCUCUGUGAUCAGUGUGCACAAGACAUGGAACGAGGUUGUGCACUUUGGGAGCUGGACUAAAAACGCAGAGCCGCUUUUAAACCGCUGCGGCGGCUGUGCUAACCACAAGCCGACGUUCCUGCAGAACCCUCAGUUCUUGUUCGAUGUUACAAAGGAGGCCGAUGAGGUUCUAAUUGCUUUGCAACAGAAAGACAUGAAGAGCCACAGAAAAUAUGGAAGGGGAGAAAAUCUAAGCAUUGGCUUCGGUGUCUUCAAGGUGGAGCUGAACAGGAAGUAUCGGAUGCACGACAUCUUGACCCAGCAGUGCGUGGAGACGUCCACCUACAUCAACGCUCGUGCCGUGUUCAUGAGAUGCACGCUCCAGCAGGGCCGUUACAUCAUCAUCCCCACCACCUUCGAGCCGUCCACGCUGGGGGACUACAUGAUCCGGGUUUUCACUGAUGUGGACUCGGGCUGCAGGGAGCUGAUGGAGGAUAAGCCCAAAGUCAAAUGCUGGAGUUCAUUCGUCGGAUACCCACAAGCUGUGACUCACGUCUACGUCCACGGAGCAGAGGAGCUGCAGAACCAGGACAAUUCAGGAGGUGCAGACCCCUAUGUCAUUAUAUCCUGUGAGGGCCGAUCAGUACGAUCCACCAUCAAGAAGGACACCCUGCAACCAGAGUUUACAACCAGCGCCAUUUUCUACAGGAAGAAACCCAGAAAGCCCGUAACUGUGGAGGUGUGGAACAGCAACAGCGUGAAAGACGAGUUCAUGGGCCAAGUGGUGCUGUCCGGCUCGGUGAAGGACACCUACGAGCCUCAGAGGCUCCAGCUGAGGAAGCGAGGGCGGCAGAUGGCAGACGAGAUGCCCGGUAGCAUCAGUUUGAGGAUUGCCACUUCUACUCAGCUGACCGCUAUGUGAUCUCCUCACUGACCUGAGCGAGGCCUUAAACAUCUCCGGUGCUGAACUAUGUGGUGAACAUCUUGUGUAACAGUUGUGGUUGAACUCGCUUUCUACCGCUUGACGUCCAUGCUUGUGCCUGAUUGUGACUUUAUUUCAAAGUUGACAGGUGAGGGACAGACUGAAUGUCUAUUCCUCUUAUUUUUAUCCAAAUGUUUAAUCUUUUUAAUUUUGUUUACUUUUUAUAUCAUUGUGUAACUUAAAGUAUUUUUAUAUUGACAUUUUGUAAGUUGCGUGUAAAGAUAUCAUUCCUUUUAUUUUACACUAUAGAUACUGUGAGUGAUAUGGCAGUAAUUUGUCAUUCAAGUCUUAACAUACUUUAGUCAUUAUUAUUAUUAUCCUCUAUGUUUACCUUUAUGCAGAAAAACUCAUCCAAGACAUAAUAAUGUAUCAUCUAUUUCUUUAAUGCACCUUCUGCUCCUUUCUUCUAUCAGUUUAUAUCAUGUUGUAUACUCAUGAUUAUUAAAAGAAAUGCAAAACACAACAUUUUUAUGAAGAAUUUAAAGAAAUUCAACCUCAGAAUCACAAUAGUAUUAACACAACUCUGGUUUUCUUCCUCUUUUUUAUUUCAGUCCAGUUCCCAAACUGCAAUAUUUUUGUUUUUUACACUCAAGACACAGCCAUGCACAAUUCAAAGUUCAAAAAGUCUAUUGCUUCAACCACAAUUAAAAAUA